ACACAUAAAUUUCAAUUUCAAAAUGAAUUUCCUCUGCCCUCUCUCCACACGGCGAUGGAGCCUCCAUUGUCCGUUCAUAAUCGACUCUGCUGCUGCUCUCUCACCUUCUUGUCGUUGGCCACUCAAACCACUCCACGAUCGAGUGAAUUGGGUUUGCUGCGCGACACCGUCUCUGUAGUUGCUUUACUUUUCUUCUACAACGUGUGUUAAAACCAAAGACAGAACAGUGAUCCGCUGGGAGUCAGACCCACACCACGCCAUCCCUCUUCCCUUCUUUCCGACACGAGCUCCUCCUCUGUUCUGCUAAAAGUUCUGGUUUGUGUUGAUCUUCCUCUUGGGUUUGCUGCAUUGUGAUUUGCUAUUGAUUCGAGGUUUUAGGGUUUGAUUAGUAACAUAGCAUGAUUUUGGCGUUUGAUCAGCUGAUGGGUAAUUUGGAAUUAGGGUUUAUCAGUUGUCCAUUACUUGCUCAAGCGAAAAACCUCAUCAAUUUUCUGUCUGGAUCUGGACACAAAUGUGAUGGAAAAUAUCUGCAUGAGCUUCUUAGGGAAAAAUUGGGAAACACGAAACUGCAUCAGACAUUGACAAAUGUUGUUAUUCCUGCGUUUGACAUCGAAACAGAUCAACCAGUCUUCUUUUCCACUUAUGAGGCGAAGAGAAAUCCAUCUUUAGAUGCGUUACUGUCGGACGUCUGUAUUGGAACCUCAGCAGCACCGAGUUAUCUUCCACCCCAUUGUUUCACCACCAAAAAUACUACUAGCAGUGGUACUGAAGAAAUCAAAGAAUUCAACCUAAUAGAUGGUGGUGUUGCAGCCAAUAACCCGACUUUAGUGGCUAUGGGGGAAGCAAAGAAGGAGAUGACAGGGGUCAGAGGAGGCUCAAACAGAUUUCUGGUUAUAUCCUUAGGAACUGGCUCAAACAGUUCAACUAAAGACAAACACAGUGCAAAAGAGGCGACCAAAUGGAAUUUGUUUGGUCGGCUACGUCGUAUGGUUGAAGUAUUCACUGAAGCCAGUGCCGACAUGGUCGACUACCACGUCUCCGUCGUACUCAAAUGGCUAAAAUCUGAAGAAAAUUACCUUCGUAUUCAGGAUGAUACAUUAAGUGGGGUGUUAGGUUCAAUUGAUAUAGCAACAAAGAAGAAUUUGGAUGAUCUUGUGGAAGUAGGGGAAAAACUUUUGAAAAUGCCAGUUUCUAAGGUUAAUUUGGAAACGGGUUUGAUUGAGCCUAGUGAUCAAGAAUCUAAUGAAAAGGCUCUCAAGAGGUUUGCUGAAAGACUGUCCGAGGAGAAGCGGGGUCGCACUCGUAACUCACCUCAUCUGGAGACUGCAAUUCCAAAUAAUGUUAAUAAUAAUUAGAUACUAGAAAAAAAAAAUUUUAUUGAGAUAUGGAUUCUUUACUUAAUCAAUAAGGUUUAGUCUAUAAAGAAUUAACCAAAUUCUCUGCUAUAAUUAUACUCAUGUUGCUUUUUUACCUCAAUUUGAUUAGUGAUUACUGUAAGUUUGUAAUAUUUUAUUGUGAGAUUAAAUGUGUUUUUGAUAU